CACACAAAAGCAACGAAUUUCUUUUUUGUAAUUUAGAGAAAAAUGGAUACAGAUGCCGCACAGAAAACAUGGGAGCUGGAGAACAACAUACAGACGCUGCCCAGUUGUGAUGAAAUCUUUCGCUACGAUGCCGAACAGCAGCGCGAAAUAAUUGAUGCCAAGCCAUGGGAGAAGGAUCCACACUACUUCAAAGAUAUUAAAAUAUCAGCGUUGGCUUUGCUCAAAAUGGUAAUGCACGCCCGCUCCGGCGGCACACUCGAGGUCAUGGGCCUAAUGCUAGGCAAAGUGGAGGACAACACAAUGAUUGUAAUGGAUGCCUUCGCAUUGCCCGUGGAGGGUACAGAGACACGUGUCAAUGCACAGGCGCAGGCUUACGAGUACAUGACUGCCUACAUGGAGGCGGCCAAAGAGGUGGGCCGUUUAGAGCACGCUGUCGGCUGGUAUCACAGUCAUCCCGGAUAUGGUUGCUGGCUGUCCGGCAUAGACGUAUCCACACAGAUGCUCAAUCAAACCUAUCAGGAGCCUUUCGUGGCUAUUGUGGUGGAUCCUGUGCGCACGGUCUCUGCUGGUAAAGUUUGUUUGGGCGCUUUUCGCACCUACCCCAAGGGCUAUAAGCCACCAAAUGAGGAACCAUCGGAGUAUCAGACGAUCCCAUUGAACAAAAUCGAGGAUUUCGGCGUGCAUUGCAAGCAGUACUAUCCGUUAGAGAUUAGCUACUUCAAGUCGGCGCUGGAUCGCAAGCUAUUGGAUUCGUUGUGGAACAAGUAUUGGGUGAACACAUUGGGCAGCUCGGGCCUCUUAACCAAUACAGAGUAUACCACCGGUCAGAUCAUGGACUUGUCCGAAAAACUGGAACAAAGUGAAAACUUUCUAGGCACUGAUGUCAAUGAAAAACGUUCCGAAGACAAACUGUCCAAAGCUACACGCGACUGCAGCCGCUCGUCUAUUGAGCUCAUUCACGGCUUAAUGGCUCAAAUUGUAAAGGACAAGCUCUUCAACAAAGUUGGCCUAGGGAAAUAAGCCGAUUCAUUGCAACAAAAGGAUCCACUUAGGUUUUCUUUUUUGCUUUUGAACAGUUUAAUGUGAUUCAGUUAGCCUUCUUUAAAUUUCUUUUAUACUUUUGGGGUCAAUGUACUGAAGUUACCAAAAUACAUGCAUACAUAUACAUAUAUGAAGCAA